GUCGUCUCACUGGACCAGCUCCCUGCAGUCCGUCAACCCUGAUCAAUCCUACGCUUUUUGCCAUCAUUCUCGUGGAAUUCUCGCAAUUCUCACAAUCCGACAUGACCGGUCCCGAGGAAGAAACCGUCAACGGCCACGACAAUGGCCACAUCAGAAAACCCUCCCAAGAAGCCUUCGUCGACAGCAACGUCGCCAUCGCUCCUAAUGAUCCAGAGGAGGUGCCUGCACUGCUAAAGAGGAUCUCCCUGCACGGAGAGGCGUAUCUCACUGAGAACGACGAGCUGGAACGGACAAGGAUCUUAGACUCGGCCCGAGCCUUGGUGUAUGCGUUGGAAACGCCGCGCGAGGCCAUGAUCCGACACUGCUGGUCACAGAGCACACUCUAUGCAGCGAUCGAGAUAGCAGUGAACUUAGACCUCUUCACGGCGCUGUCGCGGGACGAGACGCCCAAGUCUGCCGCCGAGCUUGCCCUGGCGACGGGGUCCAAUCCGGGGGUACUUGCACGGAUCCUCAAGCAUCUCACCGCGAUGGGCGUCAUCAAAGAAACCGGACCAGACGAGUACCGCCGGACCGGAUUCUCCAUCGCCAUGCAGUCGCCUCGUUACAGCGACGCCUACCCCUGCAUGACCGGCUGCAUCACCGCAGGCGUCCUCGCCCUCCCUGCGCAGCUCAAAGCAACCAACUACGCGCCGCCAGUCGACAGCACAGCGUGCGCCUUCCAGCGCGGCUUCGACACCGAGCUGCACUUCUUCGACUUGCUGAAGCAGCACCCGCAACACGCCCGCGAAUUCAACAACCACAUGUCAGCCUAUCACCAGGGGCGUCCUAGCUGGAUGGACCUGGGGUUCUACCCGGUGCACACUCUUGUCGAAGUUUCACCCCCAGUCACUGCCGAUGACGUCCUGCUGGUCGACAUCGGCGGCGGGAUGGGCCACGACCUCGUCGAAUUCCACCGGAAGUGGCCUGACCUUUCGGGACGGCUGAUCGUACAAGACCUCCCGGCUGUUGUGGCGCAGGCGCGGGAGUUGAAUCUUAAUCCGAAGAUUGAGUUGAUGGAGUAUGAUUUCUUCGAGGAGCAGGUUAUUAAAGGGGCAAGAGCAUACUACCUCCACUCCGUCCUCCACGACUGGCCCGACACAUCCUGCCGCUUGAUCCUCCAGCACCUCGUGCCCGCCCUGCGCAAGGGGUAUAGUAAACUCCUCAUCAACGAGAACGUCAUCCCAAGCACAAACGCAUACUGGGAGACCACCAGCCUCGACCUCAUUAUGAUGGCGGACUUUGCGUCGACGGAGCGUACGGAGGCGCAGUGGCGGGCGCUGGUCGAGUCGGUGGAUGGGUUGAGAAUCGUAAAGAUUUGGACGGCAAGGAGAGGGGUGGAGUCUUUGAUUGAAUGUGAGGUUUUUUGAAUUCUGUCAUGGACUAUCCUUGGUUG